AUGAACAAUACAAUAACACGAAACUUAUUCGAACUGAAACAUUGUGCCUCUCCAACCCACGCAUUCCACGUCAUCUACAAUACAGCAAACACAAAAUUACUGAAAUUUGCCGAGGCUAAUACUCUCACACCCGAUCUACGCAAACAACGUGUGGACGCCUACUGGACUCUUUUACCCGGAGAGGGUGACUUUUUGAAAUGGGCCAAACGGGAUGGUGGAUACGCGUGCGACUGUGCUCCACAACAUCGUUGGGUCGAUACCAGUUUACAGUGUGAACGAACUGCCGAUUGGGUGGACCAGUGCAAAUCGUCCUCGUCCGGAUCGGUGCAUAAUUUAGGCCCGUGUAAUAAGAAUGGGACGUUUCAAUGCACAACCGACCAAAAUACCGGGGCCGCGUACUGUGAUUGCAAUCCGGGAUUCAUUGGUGUACGGUGUGAACAAUUGUUGGACGCCUGUUUGAUGUCACUGGUCACCUAUGUUUACAAGGAUCCGAAAACCGGUAAAAAAGACAGGUUCGUAAUUUGUUUUACUUUGUUCCACUAA